AUGCCAGAGCAGACCCAAACAAUAGCGAAAUAUGCCGUCGCUACCUCCCUGGCCGCCAUAACACUCAUCUACGUCUUCCAGCCCACCUUCUCCAUUGAUGGCGAAUCCAGCAGUACUUCUGCAUCCUCCCGAAAACGAGGCAUAGUCGGCCUCUCAAACCCCGCAAACGACUGCUUUAUAAAUUCCGUUCUGCAAGCCCUGGCAGGUCUGGGGGAUUUAAGAGUCUACUUGAUUCGCGAAACGCACCGGAGGAAUUUAGAUGGGCCGGAGGUGUACAAGGAGCUUGCGGAGGCACCCAGCAAGGAGAAGCCGGCGUGGAAGAUUGAGGGGAGGCAGAGGGGGAUAGUGACGCAAGGCUUGAAGGAGAUUCUGGAUGCGCUGAACGAAAGGCCUAUAUACAAGAAGACGAUUUCGGCGGCGGGGUUUGUCGUGGCUCUAGAGCAGGCUUUCAAGCAGAGGAUCUCACGGCAACAGCAGGAUGCCCAAGAAUUCUUACAGGUUGUUGCUGAAAGGUUGUCGGAUGAAUAUCACGCUGGACAGAGAGCGAGGGCACAGGCGAGGAAAAAGUUGACGAAUGGACUGCGACUAGAGCUGGGUGAAGAGGAUGAGGACUCUGUGGAGGCCGAACACCUUUCAAAUGGCUCGAAUCCGGAAUCGACCCAGACAAAUGGCCACAUACCGGAAUCAGAAAAGCAAGAAAUCGUUCCCCCAGCCGAAGAAGAAGACGGCUUCCCUCUAGAAGGCAUUUCCUCAUCCCAAAUCGAAUGUUUAACAUGCGGCUUCGCCCCUAAACCCACCGCCAGCACAUUCUGCUCUUUAACCCUUAACGUACCCCAGACAGGCAGCACCACACUCAACACCUGCUUCGACGGCAUGUUUAAAACAGAGCACAUCGAAGGUUUCAAAUGCGAGAAAUGCCGACUGAUACAUGCUCUCUCUGCAUUUCAAGCCGAAUAUGCAAAAUCCACAUCCGAGAAGUUCAAGCUUAAAACAGAAGGGUAUAUAAAGAGGUUGGAAGAAGCUAUUGAGAUGAAUCCGGAGGAAGAGUUAAUGGAUGUCGAGAUGCCAGACUCAAAGUUCGCGCCGAAAAGGCAAAUUGACCGACAUAUACGUGUUACCAAGUUUCCCAAGAUCCUUGCCAUCCAUCUCUCACGCUCCAUUUUCGAGCUUGGGAACUCAUCGAUGAAGAAUUCCGCAAAAGUAUCCUUUCCCGAACGAUUACGGCUGGGUGGAUUACUUGAUAAGAAGAUGUAUAGACUGCUUAGUGUGGUAUGUCACAAGGGCAGCCAUCAUUCCGGUCACUACGAGAGUUUCAGGAGACAAAACAUCGUACAGCCUUUCUCGACACCAAACACUUUCCACACCUCGGGCGUGUACUCCAAAACGGCUACUCCCAUCCCCUCGCAGAUAUCUACGCCGCAGCGGAGACCAGAGUUAGAAAUCAGCACACUGAGUUCAACGCCCGAGUUACUUUCCCCAAGCACGCAAUCUUCAACUUCACUACCCAUCACGAGCAGAGCAUCCGGCGAAUCCUCUGCCCCUACCAACGGCAAAGCAAGAAAAGACUCCAGCUCCAACUCCACCACCUCCGUCGCCCCAACCUCAUCGCCCCGGGACAAGGACUCGGACAAAGAAACAUCCUCCCUGCGCUCCCUCGCGCGCUCCGCCAAAUCAACACUCUCCCGCGUCCCCUCCCUCCGAUCCGGCACCUCGUCUUCAAGAAACGACACCAUCGCCACUACUACCAACGGCACCACCAUCACGACUCCCAGCAACGAAACCAAGCACACGGCCGCGACAAACGGAGCGCCGAAGAAAAAGAAAAAGCUAGCGAGUGAUAGCCGCUGGUGGCGCAUUUCAGAUGAGAAGGUCAAGGAGUGUAAAACGGGCGAUGUGCUGGGUAUGCAGAGGGAGGUCUAUAUGCUUUUUUAUGAGUUGGAAAAGGAGGCUGAGGAAUGA